GAUAAGGAUUAUCAUGAAGAAAAAUAAUGUAUGAGGUUAAUCUCAUAAAUUUGAGGGACUUUUUCACUUUUUAAGGUUUUAAAGCUCUCAGCUUUGCGCCAUUAAAAAUCUUAAACAAAGCAAAGAUGAUCGUUGCAGAAACCUCAUUCUUAUGCCUCACCCUCCACAAAAUCGCUCCUUUUACAAUUUACUCAUUCAAUACGCAGACCAAAAAUCUCUUAAAAAGGGCCAAAUCCUCCAUGCUCACAUCAUAAAAAUCCCAUAUUUAUCUUCCUGUAAUUACCUUGCCAAUAAUCUAAUAAAGUUCUAUGCUAAAUGUGGCCAUUUACAUGGAGCAAAACUCGUAUUCGAAAACCUUAAACACAAAAAUGUUGUUUCUUAUAAUUGUCUCAUUCAUGGGUUAUCUCACAAUGGCUCAAAAGGUUCCGCCUUUGUGUUAGAACUUUUUCGCCGAAUGAUAGCUAAUAAUAUCUUACCAGAUGCACACACUUUCCCUGGUGUUUUCACCGCUGCGGCAUUGAAUUUGGGCUGUAAUUUUGAUGCCCGACAAGUUCAUGUGCAUGGUAUUAAAACAGCAAGUAUUGAUGAUGUCUUUGUAGGGAGUUCACUUGUUAAUUUCUAUUGUAAAGUGGGUUGCUUUUUCGAGGCUCGUAAAUUGUUUGAUAGAAUGCCUGAGAGGAAUUUGGUAUCGUGGACUACGAUGAUUUCUGGGUAUGCGAGUAAACAGAUGGCCAAGGAGGCUUUGGGGGUUUUUGGAUUGAUGAGGUUAGUAGAGGGAAAUUUGAACGAGUUUGUGUUUACUAGUGUGCUUAGCGCCUUGGCAUGUCCAGAAUUUGUUUAUAGUGGAAAGCAGGUGCAUUGUGUUGUCGUUAAAAAUGGGGUGUUGGGAUUUGUUUCGGUGCUGAAUGCGCUUGUUACUAUGUAUGCUAAAUGUGGAAAUUUAAAUUAUUCUCUUAUGCUAUUUGAGAUGUGCAGUGUUAAGAAUGCUAUAACGUGGUCCGCAUUGACCACUGGCUAUUCUCAAGCUGGGGAUUCUCAUAAGGCCUUGAAGUUGUUCUCAAAAAUGCAUUAUGCUGGGUUUGUACCUAGUGUUGGGGUUCUUAAAGCUUGCAGUGAUGUUGCUGCCAUUGAAGAAGGAAAGCAAACGCAUGGCUAUUUAUUGAAGUCAGGAUAUGAGACUCAAAUCUAUACAGCGACAGCUUUGGUUGAUAUGUAUGCAAAGUUUGGUUUUACUGGAGAUGCUCGGAAAGGGUUUGAUUUUUUGCUAGAACCCGAUCUUGUUCUUUGGACAUCCAUCAUAGCGGGUUAUGUACAAAAUGGGAAAAAUGAAGAGGCUCUAAGCAUGUAUGGUAGAAUGCAGAUGCGCAAAAUUUUGCCAAAUGAGCUAACCAUGGCCAGUGUCUUGAAAGCAUGUUCUAACCUAGCUGCUUUAGAACAAGGAAAGCAAAUUCAUGCCCGUACCAUUAAGUAUGGAUUGGGUCCAGAACUUUCAAUCAGAAGUGCUCUUUCAACUAUGUACGCAAAAUGUGGGAGUCUAGAAGAGGGAUUCCUCAUCUUUAGAAGGAUGCUGCAGAGAGACAUCGUCUCAUGGAAUGCAAUGAUAUCAGGACUAUCCCAAAAUGGGCAUGGUAGAGAAGCUCUAGAACUCUUUGAGGAGAUGCGUCUAGAGGGCACAAAGCCAGACCAUAUCACAUUUGUGACAGUGCUCUCUGCUUGUAGCCACAUGGGAAUUGUGAAGAGAGGUUGGGCAUAUUUCAACAUGAUGUUUGAUGAAUUUGGUUUAGUUCCAAGAGUAGAGCAUUAUGCCUGCAUGGUUGAUGUCCUGAGUCGUGCAGGGAAGCUCAAUGAAGCUAAAGAAUUUAUUGAAUCAGCUACCAUAGAUCAUGGUAUGUGCUUAUGGCGAAUUUUACUGCCUGCCUGCCGAAACCACUGUAAUUAUGAAUUGGGAGCCUAUGCUGGUGAAAAAUUAAUGGAGUUGGGCUCACAAGAAUCAUCGGCUUAUGUUUUAUUGUCGAGUAUCUAUACUGCCAUGGGCAGGUUAGCAGAUGUGGUACGGGUCAGGAGGAUGAUGAAAGUUCGAGGAGUGAGGAAGGAAACUGGGUGUAGCUGGAUUGAGCUCAAGAGUCAUGUUCACGUAUUUGUUAUGGGAGAUCAGAUACAUCCACAGAUCGAAGAGAUACAAGGGGCAAUAUGGAGAUUAAGAAAACACAUGAAGGAUGAUGGUUACCGACCUGGUCAUGAAUCAACUUCUGUGUCUGUGUGAUCUUCGUAUGACACAAGGAUAAUAUGCUCCAUUCUUUGGCCAACUUUGAUGGCAUUCUCAGCCUACACAGCAGAAAAGGAUGAUUCAUGUUGCCAACUCCAACCAUUUCAGACUUGAGGCUUAGUUAAGGUGCUCAGCUGGCAGAGCUGGAAACAUGCAAUGUGCGUGGCCACAGUGGCCAGAUAAGCUGUAUUUGUGAAGUGAUGCCCCAUUGCACCCUUUGUUGGCUGCGAGUUCUGAACAGUUUGCUUUCAGGGAGGAUGGAUGCGCGGGCCAGUGUAGUACAUGUUGUACAGCUGCUGCAUGCUGGGACCUUCUGAAUCCUUAUAAAGUUGUUCUACUUGCUGUUUGUUAAAAUCAGCAGUCUCUAAGCAAAUUGUUUUAUUGAUGUGUAUGAAUAAAACAGCAUUUUUUUUUUCAUUUCCAGAUUACCACCACCAUCGAAAUUGAGUUAUACUAGUAA